UACGAGUUUUUCAUCUCUAAAUCAUUUUAUCAUAAGUCAUAAUUCUAGAAGGGGAAGGUUUACUGUUGAAAAAGAAACAAAAAUAAUAGAUUUUUUGAAGAUUCAUUCUUAUUUAUCACCUGAUUUAAUUUCAGCACAAUGCAUUGUUUGGGAAGCUGCAAGUCAAUAUGAUACCAUUAUGUGA